AUGGUCUCGAACGAACCGACGCCAAAACCUGACAUGGAGCUGCUGCCCAGGGGAGUCGUUGUCAUUGCGGGAGGUGGACCAAUCGGUCUGCUACUUGCGCGAGUUCUCUCCUUCUAUGGUGUGAAGUCGAAACUGUUCGAACGCAAUAAGACCACCACCAAGUGGCCCAAAAUGGACCUGACCAACGCUCGAUCAAUGGAGAUAUUUCACAAGCUGGGCCUCGCCGAUGACCUCCGAAAGCAAGGCGUGCCGCCGGGUAUCGAUCAGAAUGUCAUCAUAUCCACUGGGCUCUCUGCUGAAAAGCCGCUCACGCAGUGGGACCUCCCAGGAGUAGACAAAUUCAGAUGUCAAAUCCAGAACACAAAUAACGGCACACAGCCCCAAGAGCCCUGGCAGAGAGUGUCUCAAGCCAUCUUUGAAAGAUGGCUGAAGAAUAUCUGCGACGACGAUCCUCUUAUUGACCUCAACUAUGGCUUCAAGGUUGAACACGUUGAAGAGCAAGAGGACUUCGCACACACGACAAUCACAGACAUGAAUACCGGAGAGAGAACCGUUCUAAGAUCCGACCAUGUCGUGGGAUGCGACGGCGCCUCUAGUCGAACGCGUACGUCAUUGUCGAUUCCUCUCGACGGAGGCCCAAUACCCUCUUGUGCCCUACUAGUUCAUUUCAAGUCUCAUGAUCUAACAAAACUACACAAACAAGGGAGGUUCUGGCAUAUCUUCCUUCUCGGCCAGUCAGGCAAUUUUGAAGGGGCCAUCAUCUCGCAAGACGAGAAAGAUACCUGGACGACCCAUCUGUUCCUGCCCCUUGAUGCUGAGCCCGAAAAGAUCGAAUCUCGCGAUGCAGUCUACCGUGUCCUUGGAGGGCUUUACGAGCCGUACAAAUUCCAGAUCGACGAGAUUCUGGUGCGCUCCAUCUGGAGGCCAAAUGUCGCCGUGACACGCCAAUGGAGAAGCAGCGAAGGGCAUGUGUUCCUUGCCGGCGACUCGGCACACCAGAAUAUCCCCACCGGGGGGUAUGGGAUGAACAUGGGUAUUGGGGAUGCCUUCGACCUCGGAUGGAAGCUCGCCUCAGUCAUCAAUGGUGAGGGCGGGCCAGAGCUCCUCAGGUCGUAUGAGCUAGAGCGCAAGCCAGUAGCCCUCAAGAAUGUGGAGCGGUCCCAUGAUCACUUCAAGGUUCACAAUGAGUUGCAGACGCUGCUCGGCGGCGGUGACCCUCGUCGCGUUGAUACCGACACAAAAGAAGCACAUCUGCUCAGACAGCGUGUUGACGAAUUCUAUCAAAGGCAUGAUGGAGAAAACAGGGACCUUGGAAUUGAGAUGGGAUACCGGUACAACUCACACAUUAUUGUACAUCAAGAAGACGACGGCAGCGAGCCUCCCUCGGAUCCGCGUUGUUACACGCCAACAACAUGGCCUGGUGGUCGACCUCCCCACAUUUUCCUUUCCGAUGGCACCGCUAUAUUUGACAGGUUUGGCAAACACUGGUCACUUCUUUGCUUCACGGAUACUGAUGUGGGACAAUGUCAUCUUAUCCAAGCCGCGAACGAUUUGGGCUUGAGUCUGUCGCUGAUCAAUCUUCCGGGAGAGGCGCAAGCUAGAACCUUGUAUGAGCGAAACCUGGUUCUAAUUCGCCCAGACCAGCAUGUCGCCUGGAGAGCUGAGACAGUGAACUCACCGGCGAUCGCAGAUACUGUUCUACGGACUGUCUCUGGUCACAUGACUACGGAGGUGAAGAAUUCGGUCAUCGGGGAUGCAAAGCCUGGAAUAGAAGUGCCUGCUGAAUCGGGGGUGAAGGCAUAG